AUGGGCUUUUCUACGACGAAACUUGAGUCACGAUCCCAAUCUGCCUUGCAAUACUUCUCCGCAUCUGAACUCAAUGAGUAUUACACUACCAUCACGACAGCGUAUCCUUCUUGCUCCGACGAGUCACUCAUUGCCAUUCUAUCUCAUUGGCCAUCCGCUGUUACACCAACCUUCACUCUUGCUACCCUGUCUGCCGAACAGGUCAUCGACGCCUUACGAAGAUCGUUGCCAAAGACCAAGGGCCGUAGCCUCGACGGAAUACAAUUAGUGUAUCUGAAGGACUCAUUACCGGAAAUAACACCGUACCUAACAUCAAUCUACAAUUCUUCCAUCAUCACAGGUAAAUAUCCGGAUGAUUGGAAGCGCUGUCUUGUAGUUCCUCUCAAUAAAACACCCGUUCCUGCGAACCCUAAUCAAACCAGACCGGUGGCAAAUCUACCACAGCUCGCCAAACCCCUCGAUGCAAUGAUUGCCCAACAAGUCUCAAUAUAUCUCGAAAACAACAACCUUCUGAAUCUACAACAAUCCGGAUUUCGCAAGAACCACAGCACGCAGACCGCACUACUAAAUCUGCUAGAUUAUGUACGUCAUAACAUUGAGCAAGGGUCGGUCACUUUCGUCGUUUUCUUCGACUUCACUAAGGCGUUCGACAUGCUCGAUCACACUUUAUUACUGUAA